AUGCAGAGAAUCAAAAAAAAUUUAAAUGUUUUUUUUUUAAAAUAUACUAAAAUGUACGAUACAAUUUGUUUAAAUGUUACGUUUGUUUUCAAAACAAGUGCAAAUGGUUUAUUUGUAGUAAAAAGUGAUUAUGUAGCCAUUUUUCUUAUAAUUGUUAGAAUUUUAGAACCAAAGACCAUUUAA